UUGGAUUUCAACUUCAUAACACAUUAUUUUUUCGAUCGAUGGGUUUACCGACCCCAUGGCCGGUGGUAUCGUUAUCUUCCACGGAGAAACGAUUCUGUGAAAGAGUUCAACUAUGAAGCAGGAGGCUCGUUGUCUGAGUUUAAAGAGGAAAUGGCCAGCGAGCCAUUGCAGCUUCACGAGGAAGCCAAUAUUUCCGCUCCGAAAUUGUGGAUGGCGUGGCUGUACCGCGAUCUAAGUGGUGAGCCAUACUGGACAAAGAAGCGCGUUAUGAAGCUCUUCGGCACUGAUUUUGUGGUUGGACGAAUGGAUGUGUUUCCGAACACAUCCGCUUUCAACGAGGAAUUAUGGCACAUAAAGCACCUUAUUGAGUUGAAACCUAUAACAUUUCCUGAUGGAGAGCCAACUUCCGACGAUAUUAUGGAUUUGUUUCAUAAUAGAUUACAACACUCUGUUAUCAUAAUAUUGCAGUGGUCACCGAAAGAGUUGACUAGUCAGCUAGCAAGUAAGUACUAUGGAUGCAAAGAUGUGUUCGAGACCAACGUCUAUACGAACGCCAACAUCAGCAUUGUAAAAUGA